CAGCCCAUCCUCCUUUUCUUUCAACGUUGUGAAAUUCGCAUGCGUUCUCGAUAACAUCUCAAUUAAAGCUUAGAGAUAGCUGUUUAUAUUUUUGGCGUAUCUUUCCUUUGAUUCAAUAUGGGUAUUCUUCGUAUAUUAGAAAUUAUAUUUGUCUUUUAUUUUGCUUCUCACAUUCCUAUUACAUUAUUCAUUGAUCUUCAAGCGUUGCUGCCUGCAGAGAUGUAUCCUCAACAGCUGAAAGAUGUUUUGAGAUGGUAUGGGGCUGAGUUCAGAGACCCCAUGAUGCUGGAUCCCCCCACCUGGUUCAAGUCCUUCAUCUUCUGCGAAGCCCUGGUUCAAACACCCUUCUUCCCCAUAGCUGCAUACGCCUUCCUGAAAGGAGGCUGCAAGUGGAUCAGGACUCCGGCCAUUGUGUAUUCCACCCACGUAGUCACUACCCUGGUCCCUAUCCUAGCCCACAUCCUCUACUACCCCUUCCCCACAGAGCCCCACCCUGGCCCCCAGACCCAGAAGGAGCGUUACACCCUGGCAGCCAUCUACGCUCCAUACCUCCUGAUUCCUCUGAUGCUGCUGUUCACAAUGCUCUUCAGCUCAGCUUACAACACCAACACUCAGGGAGGAAAGGGCUCAGCGAAGGCCAAGAAGAUCAAAUAAAGACACUCAUUUCUAGCCUGAGUGCCAGUCUGUUUGUGCUAUUGUCCAACUCCAUUGCUGUCCUUGUCACCUGUUUGGUUUGAUGGCACAAACAGAUUGGCACUCGGGCUACUAAGCCACCUGUACAUUCUGGAAUACACUGUACUGUUACCUGGCAGUCUGUCCAGGCUAUCAUACCUCUUAGUCUACAGUACUCAUUUUCAUAGUGAUUUUUUAUUUUUAUUUUUUUCCCUCAAGUGAUGAUUUGUCAAUUGGUACAUUUCAAGUCAAUAAAACAUCAUAGGUACAUUAAACAUUCUUAACAAUUAAUAUGUUUUGAUCAUCACAGAUUAGCAAUAGUCAAGAAUAUUGGACACCCAAGAGAAUCAAAAUGUGCAAAUCCUUUAUUCAAGUAUAUCUCAUCUGUCGAUGAAGUUGGUCCACCAAGUUGGUUUACUAACUCUUAACAUGGAUAAGAUGAAUGCAGAGGAGGAUGAUAUUUUCUAACGUCUUGAUAUUUACUGUAAACAUAAAAUAAUAUACCUUUGAAAUGUACUUUAC